AUGAUUAUCUAUCUAUCUAUCUAUCUAUCUAUCUAUCUAUUGUUUUUUUUCUCUGUCUCUUUCUCUCUCUUUCCCCCCUCUGUCUCUCUUUUCAUUAAUACAGAUAUGCAUUUAUCGACCAAAGGCGAUAAUAGUCUCUUUUCUUGUAUUCUUGGUUCAGCGACUGAAGCUUUAGUUAUUUUUUUUGUUAAAUUUCGGAUAACGUCCCUACAUUAUCUAUCUAUCUAUCUAUCUAUCUAUCUAUCUAUCUAUCUAUCUAUCUAUCUAUCGCAGUCAGUUCAUUAUCUAUUUAUCUAUCUAUCUUUCUAUCUUUUUUUCUUCUUUUUUUUAAGCAUUUCACCCCAAGCGAGGCGAGAAGCCACUACUUUCUCUCUCUCUCUUUCUCUCUCUCUCUCUUUCUCUCUCUCUCUCGCACACUCAAUCUCAAUCUCUCUCUCUCGCAUACUCAAUCUCAAUCUCUCUCUUUCUCUCUCUCUCUCGCACACUCAAUCUCAAUUUCUCUCUCUCUUUCUCUCUCUCUCUCGCACACUCAAUCUCAAUCUCUCUCUCUCUCUUUCUCUCUCUCUCUCGUACACUCAAUCUCAAUCUCUCUCUCUCUUUCUUCUCUCUCGCACAAUCUCAAUCUCUCUCUUUCUCUCUCUCUCUCUUACACUCAAUCUCAGUCUCUCUCUCUUUCUCUCUCUCUCGCACACUCAAUCUCAAUCUCUCUCUCUUUCUCUCUCUCUCUCUCACGUUUUCCGAUCUAUCUAUCUAUCUAUCUAUCUAUCUAUCUAUCUAUCUAUCUAUUUUUAA